AUGGCAGGGGAAGGGGAGCUCAACCGUGUCAUCAAGGACCUGCAGAAGACUGUGGCCGAGCUGAAAUGCAGCUACCAGGAGCAGAACAUGCCGGUGACAGACGGGAGCCGGGAGCUGCACAGCCUCUGUGCCCAGCUAGAGUUCCUCCUCCAGUUUGACCUCAAGGAGAAGAGGAGCUUCUUUGGGCAGCGCAAGGACUAUUGGGACUUCUUGUGCCAGGGCCUGGCACGGUGCCGGCAGGAGCAUGAAGGCAUUCACUUUGUCACCUCCCUGGACAAGCUGAAGACCCCUGUGGGCAGGGGCCGAGCCUUUCUGCGGUACUGCCUGGUGCACCGGCAGCUGGCAGAGUCCCUGCAGCUCUGCCUCCUGGACCCUGAGAGCCUCUGCGAGUGGUACUACGCCCGUAGCCCCUUCCUGAGCCCCAAACAGCGAGCAGAGAUCCUGGGCAGCCUCUAUGAGCUGGACUGUGUCACCUUCCACCUGGCUCUGUACAGAAGUGACCUGGACACCGCCUGGCCCAUGUUCUCUGAGCCACUGGUACGGCCCAGCCCGGUGAUGAGGAGCAGCCCAGCAAAGACAGCCCUGCAGACAGACAGGAUCAGCACUGUGGCACAUGGAUGGUCUGAUGGCACUGGCCAUCCCACUGUGGCACUCCAUGGGCCACAAGCCCAUCCCUGCCCACCCACUUGGGCUGCCCUGCAGGCAGGGAGUGUGCAAGUGGAAGAUAUAGAGGAAGAUGCAGAGGAUGGGGAGGUGAAGAAGGACAUGGAAGAAGAGGAUGAAGAGGAAGUGGAGGAGGAUGACAGUAAGGAUACAAACAAGGUGAAGGUGGAGGAUGUGGAAGUGGACUUGGAGGAGGAUUUGGAAGAGAAGCAUGAAGAGUUGGAGGAGGAUGAGAAGGAGAUGAAGGAUGUGGAUGUAGAGGAACUGCAGGAUGCACAUGGCGCUGGCAAAGCAGCUGGCAUGUCCCCACUGUCCAGUGGCACAAGGUGCAUGCUGGGGUCCCUGUCACUGGUGCCCAGGCAGCCGGGUGGCACAGAGGAGUCCCUGCAGGCGCUGGUGUCGCAGUUGCGGGCCGAGCUGGGGCAGCGGGAGGCGGCGGCCCGGGCGCUGGCGGCGCGGCUGGCGCGGGCAGACCGGCGGCAGCGGCGGCAGGAGGAGGGCAGCGCCCGGCAGGCACAGCUCUGGGCACGCCAGGAGGAGGCUCUGCGGGAAACCAACGCCUUCCUGCAGCGGGCACUGGAGGCAGCGGUGGCAGCGGGGGACCCGGGGGCACUGGCACGGGCACAGGAGGAGGCACGGAGCUGGCAAGAAGUGGCAGAGGAGCGGGGCACCCAGCUGGCCAGGGCGCGGGCAGAGGCGGCGGCGCUGACAUCGCGCCUGCAGGAAUGCCAGGAAGCGCUGGUGGCGGCAGGACGGACGGACGUGCCGAAGGAUGCUGGUACCUCGGAUGAGGUGGCUGCCGUGGAGGAGGUGCUGCGGCAGGCACUGGAACUCGCCCGUGCUCCCCAGGAGCCCCCACGAGUCCCCCAGGCAGAAGGGGAGCCCAGCUCGGUCACCAGCAUGGCCAUGCGCUUGGCCAGCCUGGCUGCCGCAGCGCAGGAGGAGACGUGGCAGAGCCGGCAGCAGCUCCAGGCCCAGCGACAGGAGAUGGCACGGCUGCAGGAGGAGCUCAGCAGGGCCCGGCAGGACGGCGAGCGCUGGGCAUCGGCGCUGCAGCGGGCGCAGAGGGAGGCCCUGGAGCGGGAGGCGACGCGCGGCGCCGAGCAGGCACGGCAGCAGGAGCUCAUCCGCGACAUGAAGGGGCGGCUGCUGGAGCUGCUGCGGGAGAAGGAUGCCCUGUGGCAGAAGACAGAGGGCAUUGACAGCCCGGUGCCCGGCCCGGUGCCCCGCGACCCAGGGCUGUGUGCCCGCUGCCACAAGGAUUUCCGCCUCCUCUCCCGGCGGUACAGCUGCAGGCUGUGCCAGGGCAAGGUGUGCCACUCCUGCUCCGUGGACAUGGGCAAGCACGGCCGCUGCUGCCUGAUUUGCUACCAGCAGAGGCACCCGCAGGCCACAUGAGCGGCACAGCAGCCCUGGCACCAUGUCUGGGACACCUCCUGCCCUGGCUGCCUCCCCUUGGACUUAUCGGGGUGUCCAGGGCCUGCAUGCAGGUCCUGCUGCCCAGCAUUUUGGGUUUGACAUGUGUCUUUCUUGCGGCUGGUCCAUAAAGAGGAAAACUACUCAUUUCUGCUA